GACUAUAACGAGGACAUGUUAUAGAGGAUUGCUGGAUAAGUUUGAAAAAAUGCGUGUGAAUUGCUUUUGCAAUUUGAGUGAGGUUGGUAAGCGAAUCAAGGAAAAGUUGAAUGAAGAAGAAAUAACACUUUUUAGAAGUUCAGUUUUAGGCUGGAUUCUAGAUAUAGAACAUAUGCCACGAUUAAGUGGGCAACUCAACAUUUGUUUCGUAGCAAACUAUAUUGAGGAGUUCAAUGGUAACGUUGAAAAGGAUGUUAUAAGAUUCCAUGUAGCCAAUAGUCUGAUAAGCUUUACAAAAGCAGAUUUGGCAAUAGUCACCGGUUUGAAGAUAAAUGGGGUGAAACCGGCAGUAUCUGAUAACGUGGGUGGGGAUAUGUGCAGAAGGUAUUUUGGUACCAAAGAAGUAAUAGUGAGGCAGGAUAUUGUUCAAGCUUUGGAGAGGUACAACAGAAACAAUCCAGGAACAGAAGAGAAUGAUGGUCUUAAACUAGGACUACUCUAUGCUUUAGCACAUGGAUUGUUUGGAAACCAAUACGCGAUUCGCUUGCCAGGGAAAUAUAUUAACUUGGUACAAGACUUAGAUGCAUUCAAUUCUUACCCUUGGGGUGAUGAUGUCUGGGAUGAUCUAGUCUCAAAUAUGAAGAACAACGCAGAAGCACUCAAGUUCUGCACACGUAAAAGAGUGGCGUUCACAGCUUGUAUGCAAGCAAUACAAAUCUGGGCCUUCGAGACCUUUCCAAUAUUGGCUAAUGAAAGGCUAUGCUAUGUUAUAAAAGACAAAGAAAAUGUCAUUCCUAGGACAUUGAAGUGGGCUUUUCACAAGAAACCAUCAAUACAAAAAUUUUGUGAACUCAUUUUCAGUAAUGACAAGUUUGAGUGGACAAAAAUAGUUCCAAGUGCAGAUGAGAUCCAAAGAAUCCAAGGACUUGUAGGAGGGGAAAGCAAUGAAGCAAAGGACCUGAGAAUUGAUGCAACCAAAAAGAACACAAAGCAGAGCAAAAAGGAUGCAAGAGGAAAAAAAGGAAAAGAAAUACAGAGAGCAAAUUCAGGAGGAAACAAUAAAAGAAAAAAGGCAGGACAGAAAGAAAAAGGAGAGUGCAGUAGGCGAGUGUUGAGAAAAAAAGGUAAGGUGGUUGAUAGUGAAGAAUCUAGGUCCAAUGAAAGUGGGGAUGAGUCAAAGGCAGGAAAGGGCAUAAUCAUGAAGACACUAGUUAAGCAGUCCAAAGAAAUUGCCAAUAUGCGUGCAGAGAUAAAAGAAAUGAAAAUAAAUCAAGAUGCAAUGCUAAAGAAGAUUCUGAGUCUUGUGAAGGAAAUAUCAAAGACAAAAGGAAAGAAGGAAGUGAUGAAGGACAGAGAGGACAUGGAAGAUGAAGCUAUGAAGGAUAUCAGUGAUGAGCACAGUAGCACGGAUGGCAAUGAGAGUGAAAGCUCUGAAGAAGAUUCUCAGGAGAAUGACAAGGAUGAAGCUAUGAAGGAUGUGAGUGAUCAGAAAAGUAGCACGCCUGACAACGAGAAUGAAAGCUCUGAAGAAGAUUCUCAGGAGAAUGACAAGGAUGUGAGUUAUCAGAAAAGUAGCACACCUGACAACGAGAAUGAAAGCUCUGAAAAAGAUUCUCAGGAGAAUGACAAGGAUGAAGCAAUAAAGGAUGUGAGUGAUCAGAAAAGUAGCACUCCUGACAAUGAGAAUGAAAGCUCUGAAGAAGAUUCUCAGGAGAAUGACAAGGAUGAAGCAAUAAAGGAUGUGAGUGAUCAGAAAAGUAGCACUCCUGACAAUGAGAAUGAAAGCUCUGAAGAAGAUUCUCAAGAGAAUGACAAGGGGAAGCAGAAAGAUGAGCAGCAAGCUGAUGAUACAGAAGUUGACAAUGAAACAAUUGCCCAAAGAAUUGCUAAAAUGAAGAACGAUGCUCCAAAUUUUAAUCUCUUAAGUCAGACUCAUGAAGGAAAAGAUCUAAGUGAAGAGACAAUUGCCCAAGGAAUUGCUAACAUGGAGAACGAUGCUCCAAAUUUUAAUCUCUUAAGUCAGACUGAUGAACGAAAAGAACCAAGUGAAGAGACCCAAGGAAUUGCUAACAUGAAGGACGAUGCUCCAAAUUUUAAUCUCUUAAGUCAGACUGAUGAAGGAAAAGAACUAAGUGAAAAAGAAGAAAUCAUGAUUAAUUUGACUGGGAGUAAAAGAAACACAGAAGGUGGGCCACAGAAAGAAAAGACCACAAAUAAUAUUGAAGACGGUAAAGAACAGGCAGAGGGAUCUGGAAAGGAAAAGGAUGAAAACAAAAAACAAAAAAUGCAAAGUGAUCAGAAAACUUCUGAGGAAGCAGACAAUGAAAUUUGGAGUCAGGAAAACUCACAAUUCAUUAGAGAAUUGGUUAUGAAUGCCGAAAUGACUGAAAGACUAAUGCUUGGAAAAGGAACCUUGCAAGAGGACAAGGAAACAGAAGAUAAGGAGACAGAAGAUAUUCAAAGCAAAGUGCAGAAAACAUCUACAAAAACUCAAAGGACAAAAAGAAGAGCCAAAUCUCCAGAUAGAUACACACCAGCGGGGCAGAGUGCUGAUGCAAAAAGAAGAAGAAAAGAAAGAGCAAAAAGAGUGGCAGAAGAAGAAUUCUUACCACCAUGUAAAGAGAUGUAUGGGCCGUUCUCAGAAGACCCAACAGACGCUAUUGAUCAAGAGGAAGUGAAUAAAUUCACAGAAUACUUGAAGAUUGGGCUGAUGAAAAAACCAAAGAAGGAACACAACGUGAUUAGAAGAUACAAGGCCGACUACGAGAUAAUGUCCAGUAAUCCUUUGAUUUUGGACACCAUGAAGAUAGAGUCAAAAACAUGGUUGCAUGAUCUGUUUGUAAACCACCAAUGGC